CUAUCCAACCCUUGACAAUUCAGUAGUCAAGUUAGUAUAAAGACAAGUAAUUUGGGGAGAUGCUGAGUUUUUUAUUAUGCCAAACUUCUCCUGCACAAAAAGAAGUAUUUCUUCAAAGAGUUACAUGGGAAAAUAUCUGUACUAUUCUUACAUAACAAUUUAAAUGCUGCAGUUUUUGUUUUGUUGUCUCCCCAGGUUUUGAUGUAACAAUUAAUACAGGAUUUUCUGGUAAAUGAUGAAAGGACCAGACUGGAGCCAAUAAAGUAGGAUACAGUCAUUAGUGUGAAAAAUGCAGAGAUUUUAGGGAUAGACCUGGCAAUAAAGACAUGGUGGGCUGAAGGAAUGGGUAGGAAGAGGUGUAUCAAUGCCAGAAGCAGAUAUAGAACUGGAUGAAGUUAGAAUUUAAAGUAAAAUAAUUAUUGCACAAUUAAAUCAUCUCGUUGUCCUUUCCCUAAGACAGAUAUCCAUUUCUUCACUGAAAAAAAAUCUGGCAUCAGUCUAAUAAAAUGCUGGAUAUUUGCAUGUCAGCACUUGUACUGCUCGUGGAAAAGGCCCAAACCCCAGGGCUGUGAACACCUUUUAACUUGAUGUUCCUGCUCCAUUCUUAAAUGCUUCCUGGUUUGGGAUUUUCAGCAAUCCUGAUCUUCUGGACAAAUGUCUGUGAAGUUUUUAUCAGGGAGGUCUCUUCCCAGUCCUGAAAUGUGCUUGCAAAUGCCCAGGAGUGGGAAGUGUUAUAUUGAGAGGCAACACCGGGAGAGGAGAUUUAGGACUCUGAGCAGGGAAAUACAGAACUUUAGUGUGAAUCCUAUUCAUCUUUUCUGCUGUGUGUUCAGAUCCACAUGACUGAUGUUCUGGGAGGUCCUGGGACGAUCUCCCACAGCACAAUGCUCCACUUUUUACCUGUGCUUAAAGGCUGAAAUUCAUUUUGUCAGGUGAAAAAGGAAGAACAGAGGGAAAGAUUUCUGGUCCCACCAUCAGCUGCUGGUCCCGUGGAGUGGAUUUAAGAAGGGAGAAAAUGUUCCUGCCCCAGAGGUCUCUGCAGACAGUAACAUUUUUGGCAAUUCUUUUUUUUGCCUGUUUUGCAACAUGUCAAGAGAUUGAAAAGAGAGCAGUGACGGAGCACCAGCUCAUGCACGACAGAGGGAGGGCCUUCCAAGGGCUGAAGCGCCUGAUGUGGCUCCACAACGCCCUGGGCACGGUGCACACAGCCAGCAGCAGGGAUGUUCCACCCCCACACGCCACGUGGGAUGCCCAGAAGAGCCAAGAUCCCUCAGAUCUCCACAGCAGCACGGCUGGGGACGAGACUUCCAGCCUGACCAAGCUGCUGGGGCUGACAGAAGCACAGGGAUUCCUCCCCUUAAAGCAGCUGGAUUGGAAGACCCCAAAGGGUAACUGGGACCCACGAGGCCUUUUCGAGCUGCUGCAAACCAAAGAGAUGGGCAGCAAGAGAAAUCCCAGCUCGCAGCCACAGGACUAUUCCCGUUAGCCCUCAACCCACCCCGCUCCGUCCCUGCUUUCCACGUGUGCUGCUGUAGGGAAAAGCUCCAGCGCAAAGGUGAACGGCAAAAUAAAGAUAAUUAACUGC